AGAAGCGUCAACAUGGCGUCGCUGUUAAGAGACCCGCUGUUUGAAAUCUCGGGACAGGGUCCUCCACCCAGCAAAAACUUUUACUUUUUCGCCGUCACCAAAACAAAUGUGAUAUGGAGGUGGUGGAAGAUAUCCGUCAGAGCGGUGGACCGACAUGCUAAACCUGGAGAAGUGAAGGAGUCUCUCCAGGAUUUCUUGCAUGACACAAAACUGCAGAGUGAAGUCAGUCUGGUUUUUGGACCCCACAUCUUGGAGCACUCCAAAGCUCUGUGCCAGGGUCGUUAUAAUUACCUGGAGCUCCUCUCUGACUCUUUCAUUCUGUGCAUCAUAAGCUAUCUGGAGCUGGAAGACGUGGGCCGUCUCAGUCAAACGUCCCUCAGGUUCAGGAAGCUGUGUGAGUCGGAGGCGUUUUGGGAGCAGGCGGUGCGGCAGCGCUGCUGCACGGUGUCGGCUGAGGUGGCCUCUCUCGCCGCUGAGGUGGGCUGGAGAAACAUCUUCUUCACCAGCAAGCUGCAGCUGCAGAAGCUGAUCAGCCGCAGGAGGCUGAGGCUGGAGAAGCAACAGGACGGACCGGCUCCCGGCCCCGCUGCAAAGUGAGACGCCUC